GGCCCUGUGGAUGCCUGGAUCUGAGCGCCGUCGCUGGGAGCCAUCGGCAGCCAUCAGCGACCAUCAGCAACCAUCAGCGACCUGAGAUGGCAGAGGCAGCAGAGGAGGAGGAGGAGGACUUCAUGUCCGACAAGUUCAUUGAGCGCAUUCUCGUCUCCGAGAGCGCCGACCGCCGCAAGUCCAGCCAAAGGUCAUACACACAGAUACGCAAGGCCAAAGAAGCCAAGCAGCGGGUCGCUGAACGAGCAUCAUCCCAGAAGCACCAAGAUCAAGAGCGCCAGCGCCAGAUAUCGCUCAGCACAGCGAUCGACGAGAGCAACAAAGGCUUCCAGCUGUUGGCCAAGAUGGGCUACAGGAAGGGAGAAGGCCUUGGCAAGAGCCCUGAUGCGUCCAUCACCGAGCCGAUCAAAGUGGAUAUCAAAGCCAAUCGAGAGGGGCUCGGCCUUUCGACGCUGAAACGAGAGCGCGAGAAGGAGCUGGUCGAGCUGGGCGUCCAGGCAAGCAAGAGGUUGCAUCAUGACUUUGAAAGCACCCAGCGGCAGCGGUUUGCCGAGCAGCAGCUCGCCCGGGAUUUGCACAAAUCCAGGCGGUGCUGCGAGCAGCUUGACCUCGACAGCGGCAUCGAGCACAGCGAUUACUGGAUUGCCCAAAGCUCUGGAGACCGGGAUGACGACGACACCGCAGCGGAGCAUGUGCCGUCGCCGUUUGAGCAGCUCGAGCCGGCCGAGCAGCUCCGAAUCGUCACCAGGCAUUUACGCGAACAGCAUCGCUACUGCAUCUGGUGCGGAAUAAAAUUCGGCGACGAAGGUGACAUGGCUCAAAACUGCCCUGGCGACUGCCGCGCUGUACACGACGACACAUGAGCGACUCGCUGCAAAGUGUUUUCCCAGAAUACAUGGCUCGCGGCAUCGAUCAGUCCAGUCCAGCAAUUCACGGGUCCGAGAUGUGGCAGAGAGGUCAUUGUGGCGAGGGUGU